ACUCUCACACCCCUCUAUUACUGCGUUUACAUUCGAGCCCCAUUCACUCACUCACUCAACUCACACACACACACUCAAACACACACACAGAUCAAAAUACAGACUGAGAUAUCUUGAGGAGAACUCACUCGAAGAACAUUACAAUGCACACAAGACAGAAUUUAUUUCUGUUGUUUACUUUUACCAUCACUUUACUCCUUGGUUACUUCAGCUACACUUCCUCCUGGUUUAGUGAUGUGUUCGCGUGCAGACCGACUGUUGACGAAAAACAUCAUGUUCAAAUGGACUUACUCUUUCCUACAGGAACGGGAUACAAACAGCCCAGUGUCAGUAGUAGUCGUCCAGAUGUUGCCACAACAUCCCCAUGGUUAGCUCCUAUUGUAUGGGAGGAUACAUUUGACCUUACAGUGAUUGACGCCAUCUACAAACAACAGAAUAUCACCGUGGCAACCACCGUCUUCGCUCUGGGCAAGUAUGUGCGUUUCCUGAAGGACCUCCUAGAGUCUGCGGAGCAGCACUUCAUGGUGGGCUACCGAGUGCAUUAUUACAUCUUUACAGAUCUCCCGGAUGAGGUUCCCGCGGUAACACUGGGUGAGGGGCAUCAGCUGAAAGUGAUAAAAACAGCAAGCAUGAACCGCUGGCAGGAAAUCUCGCUACGCAGGAUGGAGAUGAUUGAGAAUCUCAUCCAAUACGAACUCAUCAACAAGACAGACUACAUUUUCAGCCUCGACGUAGACUCUAAAUUCUAUGCUCACUGGGGGGCGGAGUCUCUGGGGGACCUUGUCGGCGUGCUGCAUGCCUGGUUGUUUGCAAGUUCUCGAGAACAGUUCACGUACGAGCGGCGUCCCGAAUCUCAGGCUUACAUCCCUUUAGACGAAGGAGACUACUACUACGGUGGGGCCGUGAUCGGCGGACGCCCCGAAAAAGUGCUCAAACUGGUGAAGACGUGUCGCAUGCAGCUGGAUGUAGACCGAGCCAAUAAGAUCGAAGCGGUUUGGCAGGAAGAGUCUCACCUGAACAAGUACUUCCUGUACAACAAACCCACCAAGUUGCUCUCACCUGAAUACCUGUGGGAUGAUCGAAAAGAGAAACCCGGCUUCAUGAAAGUGGUGCGUUUCUCACAGGUGGUCAAGAACUACGCUGAGAUUCGACCCAACCCUUAAUACACAACAUAAGACAUCAGAGCUUUUCUUGACGUCUCACACCUUUUUUCUUGAUGUGAUUCCUGCAUGUGACACCAAAUCUGUUAACAGCAUGUAACUUUAAGUUUAAUUUAGAAUUGAUUUCAUUCAUUCUUGAUUGUACAGUAGAACCUUACACUUACUAUUUCUCCUGUGAUGUUACUUUCAUCCAAGAAUUGAAUAUUGAGUAACUGAAAAUAACAAAAUGUGGCCAAAGGUUUUGUGAAUUUUUGAUCUGCUUAUGAAACUGAUCCUGAACAAGUGGCACUACUUUAUAGCUGGUUUAAAUGUUCAUGGACUUACAAUUCUUUCUUCCAAUCUUCAUUUGAUGGUUCCUAUUUAUUUUUUGAACUCUUUAUUGAAUUUGUAUUGCAUCAUUUACAUAAGCGCUUAAAUCUCUAACAUUGAAUACAUUAAUGCUGGCUCAAUAGGUUACAUACUUAAGAUACCAUGAGUUUAGAACAUUUGUUCAAAGUUACAAUGAAAAAGUGUCAAAGGUUGUGUUUUUUUUGUUGUUGUUGUUGUUGUUGUUUUUUAAUGCAAAAGAUAGGGAAAGACGUGCUAGUUGAAGUGUUUCCUGAAUAUAUAAAAUAAUGUUUUGCUGGUUGCUUUGAUACAAUAAAACUAGAAAUUCUAAUCCAAUGUCUUGAAGCAUGAGAUGUCUUGAAAUGUACACAAUGAUCACCGAAAGCUGUAAUGGCAUUCAGCAAAAAUGUUCAAUAUGAACAACACGAAACUGAACUGAACUGGGCUGAAACUGAAAGCUAACUUAAAUAAAUCUUUUCUCCUGGAUGCUAAAUGUAAUGAUUAUUUGAAAGUUUUUUGCAUGAACUU